AUGACGAUUGGUACUAUUUAUGCGAUUACUUUAACAGAAGUAAAGAAAGUAUUGAAUGAUCCAAAAUUUUGGAUACGAGAAAUAUCUUGGAAAAAUCAAACUUUGGGUGCGGCGCUACCUCUUCCAUCUCAAGGAUUAUCGUAUGCGAAUGAAGAAGAUUUAAUAAUGAAAGGAAGACCUAAAGAAUUCGAAAGUGAUUAUUGUCUUGUCGGAAUUGUUAAACAAAAAUUUUAUAACAAAUGUUCAAUACCUUCCAAAUGCAUACAAAUAAUAAUGAAUAAAGAUAAUCCAAAAGGAUAUCCUCUUACGCAUAGAUUACUUAUUAUACAAACUUUAAGAGCAAUGGGAUGUAAGGAAAAUCAAAUGGUACCUUUUUUAAAAUUGUUACCUAUUUAUUGUUCUCGUAUUCUUCAAGAUAUGAUUGAUAUUGAAGCGAUUGGAUUUCCUUAUAAUACGCGAGAUCUGUUAAUGGAACAAGUUGUUUUAUGUGGAUCAGAAGGAUAUUUGGAAUUCAUGGAUAAACAUUAUGAGAAUUUAAUUUUAAGCUGGUCUCAUCCUAGUGGUUGUUACAGUGCAUUUGGUUAUGGAGAAUUUAUACCGAAAAGUAAUAUGAAUACCGAUUUUGGAUGUGACAGCCAUGCUACAGGUCUUGCAGCUGCAAGUUUAGCAUUAUUUAUUCGCAAAGAUGUAGAAACAGCGUUUCAAUGA